UUUUAUUUAAUAAAUUUUCAAAGUUGGACUAGAAUUGGAUCUAGUUUGGUCAAAUAAUUGGUUUGUUUUUGAUAGGCCAGGCAAAACAAACAGUUGUGAGGUUGGUGGUGAUUUGGGGAGGUUUUGGAUUAAUGGCGGGUCUAACUCAGCACCCAAUUCUUGGAAGUAACGACGCUAUAAAGGAGAAGCCUUUAUCUUCUUUAGAAGACAAAGUUGUUGAGAGUGGUGGUGGUCAAACUGAGAAAGAUAUGGCUCCGGUCACCGGAAGUUCCAUUCACCGGUCGGGCUCUCGGCCUCAGUUGGACCUCAGCAAAGCUGCUAUUCAGGGAACUUUUGAAGAGAGGGACCCUACGAUUCUGUUGCCUAAUCAGUCUGAUCACUUGUCUCAUCUCGCUUUGGACAUUGGAGGAUCUCUUAUCAAGUUGGUGUAUUUCUCUAGACGCGAAGACCAAGCAAUUGAUGACAAAAGAAAGAAAACUUUGAAGGAGAGGCUGGGAAUUUCAAAUGGUUGUCGACGGAGCUACCCUGUUCUUGGUGGAAGGCUUCAUUUUGUGAAGUUUGAGACGAUCAAGAUUAAUGAGUGCUUAGACUUCAUUUAUUCUAAACAACUUCACUGUGGAGGGAUGGAUGCUCGUAUUUGGAAUCCUGAUGCCCCAAUCAAUGAAAAUGCUGUUAUUAAGGCAACAGGUGGUGGGGCUUACAAGUAUGCCGACCUUUUUAAGGAAAGGCUGGGGGUUGGCCUUGACAAAGAAGAUGAAAUGAAUUGUCUUGUAGCUGGAGCAAAUUUUUUACUCAAGGCAAUUCGACAUGAAGCUUUCACACAUAUGGAGGGCCAGAAAGAGUUUGUGCAAAUUGACCAGAAUGACUUAUAUCCUUAUCUUCUUGUUAAUAUUGGGUCCGGUGUUAGUAUGAUCAAGGUUGAUGGGGAAGGAAAAUUUCAGCGAGUAAGUGGAACAAAUGUAGGUGGUGGUACCUAUUGGGGCUUAGGAAGGCUGUUAACAAAAUGCAAUAGUUUUGAUGAGUUAUUAGAGCUUAGUCAAAGGGGAGAUAAUAGGACUAUAGACAUGCUUGUAGGGGACAUUUAUGGCGGUAUGGAUUACUCAAAGAUUGGUCUUUCAGCUUCAACCAUUGCUUCUAGUUUUGGGAAGACUAUUUCAGAAAAUAAGGAGCUUGAGGACUACAGACCUGAAGAUAUAUCCCUGUCUCUCUUACGAAUGAUUUCUUACAAUAUUGGCCAGAUAUCUUACUUAAAUGCACUACGAUUCGGUCUCAAACGAAUAUUUUUUGGAGGGUUUUUUAUUAGGGGCCAUGCUUAUACCAUGGACACCAUCUCCUUUGCAGUUCAGUUCUGGUCGAAAGGAGAGGCACAGGCAAUGUUUUUGAGGCAUGAAGGGUUUCUGGGAGCAUUAGGUGCAUUUAUGAGCUAUGAAAAGCAUGGCCUUGAUGACUUGAUGGUCCAUCACUUAGUUGAAAGGUUUCCCAUGGGCGCACCAUAUACAGGAGGAAAGAUUCAUGGUCCACCACUUGGGGAUUUGAAUGAGAAGAUUUCCUGGAUGGAGAAGUUUGUUCGGAAGGGAACUGAGAUCACUGCUCCAGUGCCUAUGGAUCCACCUGGAACUACUGGACUUGGUGGCUUUGAAGUUCCAUCAUCCAAAGGAGGCACCCUGCGUUCUGAUGCAAGUGCUUUAAACAUUGGGGUUCUCCAUCUAGUACCGACUUUGGAAGUAUUUCCAUUAUUGGUGGAUCCAAAAACGUAUGAGCCUAAUACUAUUGAUCUCUCAGAUCACAGUGAAUUAGAGUAUUGGUUCACUGUUCUGUCAGGGCAUCUGCCAGACCUUGUUGAUAAGGCAGUGGCAAGUGAAGGUGGGACAGAAGAUGCCAAAAGAAGGGGUGAUGCCUUUGCUCGAGCUUUUUCUGCUCACUUGGCACGGUUGAUGGAGGAGCCUGCUGCAUAUGGAAAGUUGGGUUUGGCCAAUCUACUGGAACUCAGAGAAGAAUGCUUGAGGGAAUUCCAGUUUGUUGAUGCUUAUAGAAGUAUAAAACAAAGGGAAAACGAGGCAUCACUUGCUGUUUUACCCGAUCUGCUCAUGGAACUUGAUAGUAUGAGUGAGGAAACAAGAAUGCUUUCUCUUAUUGAAGGAGUUCUUGCUGCGAACAUUUUCGACUGGGGGUCCCGUGCCUGUGUGGAUCUCUAUCACAAAGGAACAAUUAUUGAAAUCUACAGAAUGAGUCGUGAUAAGAUGCAAAGACCUUGGCGAGUGGAUAAUUUUGAUGCCUUUCAAAAGAGAAUGUUUGGAUCUGGAGACAAGAAACCUUGCCCACAUAAAAGAGCUUUACUCUUUGUGGAUAACUCAGGUGCUGACGUUGUUCUAGGAAUGCUUCCACUAGCACGGGAACUUCUUCGACGUGGAACGGAGGUUGUUUUGGUUGCCAACUCCCUUCCAGCUCUAAAUGAUGUCACUGCCAUGGAGCUUCCUGAGAUUGUUGCUGAAGCUGCCAAGCAUUGUGAUAUUCUUCGGAGAGCUGCUGAAGCGGGAGGCUUGCUCGUGGAUGCCAUGGUCAGCAACUUAGAUGGUUCUAAAGAAAAUUCAUCAUCGGUUCCAUUAAUGGUUGUUGAGAACGGUUGUGGCAGUCCUUGCAUAGACUUGAGGCAGGUCAGCUCUGAGCUAGCAGCUGCUGCAAAAGAGGCUGAUUUGAUUAUAUUGGAAGGCAUGGGCAGAGCUCUUCAUACUAACUUCAAUGCCAGGUUUAAAUGUGAUGCUUUAAAGCUCGCAAUGGUGAAGAAUCAAAGGUUGGCAGAGAAGUUGAUUAAAGGAAAGAUAUACGACUGUGUUUGCAGAUAUGAACCAAUAAGUUAAAAGCUCCAGUUCAUUACCAAGUUGUAGGGUAUAAUGAAGGUGUGGGCGGACUUGAUUUCUGGGGAGGCUGCUACAUCAUACAAAAACGAUAAAGGUUAUGCCUGUAUGUUGCUACUUCAUACAAAAUAUGAUAGAAUUGUAGAGAUAAUCUCAGUUUUAGUUUGUUGGAGAUACUGUAUUUUCUUUAAUAAGGCUCUUACUUUCUGUGUGUUCCCCCCCCACUGUAAUGAAGAAUAAGGUGAUGAUCUUCUUUGAUUUCAUAAUAGAAGCAUCUGAGAUAAGAAAAUGAUUUUAUAGAU